AUUGCCUGAUUCACUGUCAUUGUUGUCUGACAUUCCAUGUGAAGACAGGUUAUUUUUAGCUAGUGGCCAUGAUCCGAAGUUUAUCAGCAGGACUGCCACUGUGCUUGAGUAAGGAAUCAUAUUACUUUUACUUUAAAGUCCUUGCCCUUUUUUUAAAGUAAAACCACAGUAUUCAGGCAAGAGAAUAAAUGGGGAACUACAAAUCCAGGCCAACUCAGACUUGUACAGAUGAAUGGAAGAAGAAAGUUAGCGAAUCCUAUUCUGUGAUACUAGAGAGGCUGGAGGAUGAUCUGCAUAUCAAAGAAAACGAGUUGCUGGAUUUGAGGCAUGUCUUCAGUUCAGAUGAGGCCUUCAAUAAAGUUAACCUAAAUUAUCGUACAGAAAGUGGGUUGUCCUUGCUUCAUCUCUGCUGCAUAUGCGGAGGUAACAAGGCUCACAUCCGGACCCUGAUGCUAAAAGGGUUGCGCCCAUCAAGACUGACAAGAAAUGGAUUUACUGCCCUCCAUUUGGCAGCAUACAAGGCCAAUGCAGAACUGGUAACAGCCUUGCUACACGGUGGAGCCGAUAUUCAGCAGGUUGGGUAUGGAGCUCUGACUGCUCUUCACAUCGCCACCGUGGCAGGUCACUAUGAGGCUGUUGACAUUCUUCUCCAACAUGGAGCGUAUGUUAAUGUCCAAGAUGCUGUAUUUUUUACAUCUUUACAUAUUUCAGCCUACUAUGGCCACGAACAGGUCGCCAGGCUGCUGUUGAAGUUUGGUGCUGAUGUGAAUGUGAGUGGGGAGGUUGGAGACAGACCCCUUCACCUGGCAGCAGCUAAAGGGUAUCUGAAUAUCGUCAAACUGCUAAUGGAAGAGGGCAGUAAGACUGACGCUAAUGCCCAGGAUAACGAAGACCACGUUCCGCUCCACUUCUGCUCUCGGUUUGGCCAUCAUGAAGUUGUCCGCUUCUUGCUGCAAGGCAACUAUAAGGUCCAGCCUCACUCUGUUAACAUCUAUGGGGAUACACCAUUACACUUGGCUUGUUACAAUGGGAAGUUUGGUGUGGUGAAGGAGAUUGUUCAGUUGUCUGGGGUGGAGAGCCUGACUAAGGAGAAUAUCUUCAGUGAAACAGCAUUUCACAGUGCUUGCACCUAUGGAAAAAGCAUUGAAAUGGUGAAGUUUCUGCUCAGCCAGAAUGCAAUGAGUAUUAAUCACCAAGGAAGAGAUGGACACACUGGGCUACAUAGUGCCUGUUUUCACGGCCACAUUCGCCUUGUCCAGUUCUUGUUAGACAAUGGAGCCGAUAUGAAUCUGGUCGCCUGUGACCCUAGCCGAUCUAGUGGUGAAAAAGACGAGCAGACGUGCUUGAUGUGGGCGUACGAGAAAGGUCAUGAUGCAAUUGUCACACUGCUUAAACACUACACAAGGCCUCAGGAUGAAUCUCCGUGCAACGAGUAUUCACAGCCUGGUGGAGACGGAUCUUACGUCUCUGUCCCUUCCCCUCUGGGAAAGAUCAAGAGCAUGACUAAAGAAAAAGCUGAUGUCCUUCUGCUCCGUGCCAGCCUCCCAUCUCAGUACCACCUCCAGCUGUCAGAACUUGAAUUCAAUGAAAUGAUAGGAUCAGGUUCAUUUGGAAAAGUGUACAAAGGACGAUACAGGAACAAAGUUGUAGCAAUAAAACGGUAUCGAGCAAAUACCUAUUGCUCCAAGUCUGACGUGGACAUGUUUUGCCGUGAGGUCUCCAUUCUCUGUCGGCUCAACCACCCCUGUGUAAUCCAGUUUGUUGGAGCUUGUUUAGAGGACCCCAGUCAGUUUGCUAUAGUUACUCAGUAUGUCUCUGGAGGAUCCCUGUUCUCCUUGCUGCACGAGCAGAAGAGGAUUAUUGAUCUUCAGUCCAAACUUAUUAUUGCAACAGAUGUGGCAAAAGGCAUGGAAUAUCUUCACAACCUAACACAACCUAUCAUUCACCGAGAUCUUAACAGCCAUAAUAUCCUGCUUUAUGAAGACGGCCAUGCUGUGGUUGCUGAUUUUGGAGAAUCCAGAUUCCUUUUGUCUAUGGACGUGGACAAUAUGACCAAACAGCCAGGGAACCUGCGCUGGAUGGCCCCGGAGGUGUUCACACAGUGCACCCGCUACACAGUCAAGGCUGACAUGUUCAGCUUCGCCCUCUGUCUCUGGGAGCUCUUAACAGGAGAAAUCCCAUUUGCCCACCUUAAGCCAGCGGCAGCUGCAGCAGACAUGGCCUACCAUCAUAUCAGACCUCCGAUCGGCUACUCCAUCCCCAAGCCCAUCUCUUCACUCUUAAUGAGAGGCUGGAAUGUCUGCCCAGAGGAAAGGCCUGAGUUUUCUGAAGUGGUUGCCAGACUGGAAGAGUGUCUUUGCAAUGUCGAGCUGAUGUCUCCAGCCUCCAGUAACAGCAGCGGUUCCCUGUCUCCCUCCUCCUCAUCAGACUGCCUGCUGGCACGCGGAGGGCCGGGCCGCAGCCACGUAGCUGCCCUGCGAUCCCGCUUUGAACUGGAGUACGCCCUUAAUGCCAGGGCCUACGCUGUGUGGUCACAAAGCGCUGAGCGCCGAUCUUCGCAAGGACUCUCAUUGGAUGAACUGAGGAAAAAUAUGCAGUAUCCACCAAUUGACAGAAAUGGGUAUGUAUCUGAUCCCAUGAGCACCAUGCGAUUCCAUUCCUGCAGCAGUAAUGGUAGCUUUGAGGACAGCAACUGACUUUCCUCGUAAAAGGCCGGAAGGCUUUCAUUGAUCUUUUUAGCGUGAUGCUUAUUCUGAAUAGCAUGGUCAAUAAAACUAUCAAGACAGUGGCUUGUUUUUGUAUAUCUU